AUGCGCGAGACCUCCGCUGAGCAGAAACUGCUGCGGGAGGUUCAAGAACUGCGCAGCGAGCUAAACGACACGCGCAGGUCCUUCUGCGAUGUCACACUGGCCACAAAAGUCCAAGAGAAUGGCAUUGAUACGUUGGAGAAUCUUCCACACUUCCGCGCGGUUCACCAGCUGAGAGCACACUCCAGCAGGGUCCACCAGGUCGUCUGGUCCCCCUACGAUGACAUCCUCAUGUCAGUGGGAGCUGACUCCUUUGUCGGGGUUUGGGAUGUGAAGCGGGGUCUCCUCAGGAAUCUCGUCGACACAACCAUGAACCAGACCACCACGGUUGACUGUACACCCGAACUUGACAUUGUAUACUGCGGUGGUCUUUACGCCAAGGUGGAGGCAUACACUUUGAAUCAUCGCUCGGCGGAAGACGGCUACUCCGAGUACACUGCUUCAACUGUGUUUGAACACGAAGGUCGCAUUAACGCGGUAACUUGUCUGAAGGAUAAGGGCCUCCUGACUGCCGCGGCUGUAGAUGGCGCAGUGCUCUGGGACGUGGAUAGCGUGAAAGUUAUAUCAAAAUUCAACCAUCAACCGGCUGACGUUCUCUGUCUCCUACCACUCACUUCUAACGGUCAGAACUUCAUCACCGGUUCAUCGGAUGGCGUUCCACGAGUUUGGGACAAACGAGAGGCCACACCCUUGGUCUCGACCAUGGGCGGUCACGAAUCGGAACUCACCUGCAUAGAAAUGCUGCCAAACGAGACCACCUUUGUGACGGGCUCAGAUGACACCAGUCUGCACCUCUACGACCUACGUCUAGACUUCCCAAUUGCGCGCUACACAAAGCCGGAGGUGAGCGCCCUGGGGAGGCAUUCGCUUGCACGUUCACGAACAAUGUCCGAAAACUGGAGUUCGGAGAACGGCGGGCAGGUGACUACAGGCGGAACCCGAUCGGCCGGCGACAAGGAGAAUGAGGAGGAUUUAAACACCACGCCCGGUGUGAGUGGUAUUGGAGUCUCCACUUCUGGACGCAUCGUACUGAGCGGAUGCCGGGAUUCCUACCUCUAUGUGUGGGAUCUCUGCGAUACGACUGGAGCAGUGGAGGUCUUGAGGCAACCGGGGCCGGUAAUGUCUCUAAAGAUGGCGCAUGACAAACACGCCUUCGCCCUCAUGACCUGGGACAUAAAGACAAAAAUACAAAUUUUCCGGCCAACGUGA